ACACUCCUGAUACGGAAGUAUAAAAAAAAGAACUCCCUCAACAUCUCCGAAUAUCAACAAGACGAUCAAGAAUAUGAAACAUCUAAUAAACAAAAAGCAAAUGGCGAACUAAACAGGAACUUAGCGAGUCCUUGGUGUUCGGCUUGCCUGAUGAUGAAGAGAUGGUCCUUAAGGCGAUGGGCUACCAGGCCAUAUUCGACCACUUUUUUUCAGGUUCGUCGACCUGAAUUCACCGCUUGUUUCGUUUAUACUCCCGUUCUUCUCAUUUUUAUUGUUUCCCAGUUUUUGUUUUCAUUUCCGUCAGUUCGCUCGGGUGGUUUUUUCCUCACCUGCUGUUCAUUUUAAUUCUCCGGCAUUCAUCGCACGCCCGCAGCUUUUAUCAGAGCAAGCGAUUCUCUCUUUGCCUCUAAUAAUCCUCACAUCGCGGCAGAAACGAGCGGUUGCAACCCUUCUCCGUUUGUUUUCAUCUAACUCUUUUUGUUUACAUUUCGCUCGGCGAUAUCUCAUCCAUCAGCUGCUGGAUAAACCAAGUAGAAAACAUGGAUUACUCAAAUUUAAUUUAAUUUAUUCGGGCAUUUGCAAGAAUAUUAUACGUGCAAAAAAGGAAUAGAAUUGUUUUAAAUAAUUUUUUGACUGUUGAAUUAUAUCGUUUGCUUUGGAAAUUAUAUCGUUUUCUUUCACACUUCGAAAAGGAAUUGCAUAAAAAAGAACGGAAAAUCUUUCAUCUAGGUGCAAUGGAGUUGGUCGUCAUAGCAACCAGCAUGCUGCGCCUUGUACUGGUGUCAGCUGUUUAUCUUUUAAACAUCAGAGGUCUCCUAAGGUUAACCUGGCAGCCAAAACCAUGCAUACAUUCGUGGACGACAGGAGCUGUUCUUCUCGCUGGAAUACUGUAUCUCAGCAGCUGGGCACCGUACAUCGCCUACACACUGGCCAAUGGACAUUGGCUACUACUCGGUGCCCGCAGACACUGUCUUCUGCAACAUUUCGUGUCAGCUGAAAUUGGUGCCGUUUUGCUGGCACUUCUUGCAGUCCGGCUGAUGUACCGAUGUUUAGUAAAGGUUUACAAAAGACCACCCCCAUCUGCUAAGGCAGCCAGCCUGGUGACCUGUCUGGCUUGGCUCGGACCGCAGCUUCUGUACGAUGCUGUUGCAGUGACAAGGGAUGAUUCGACCCCCGAAUCUUACAGAUUUCUGGAUGAUUUGUUGGUGGUACCGCAGGGGGUGAAUGCCUCUCACGGUUACAGGGUCGGGUUCAUGAUUUGCAUGCAGCUUCUGAGUGGACCAGUGCUGAGUUAUUAUGUGUGGCAGUACCUAGUGCUGAUACUUCCGCUGGCUGCUCUAAUCAUAUACUGUUCCUCGAGACUGGUCCUGGUGGCUCAGAUACGGAGGAGAGAAGAACCAGCGGAAUCAUCCAUCGAAUCGAAGAGUGGACGUUUCGGUUUUCUAACGUGGUCUAAAAGAGCUGUCUGUCAAUAUGGCUGCAAGACCAACACCUUCGUCGACAUGGCUCUUUAUUAUAAUUUCAUCUGGCUAGUCAUACUUCGUCCCUUGGCCAUCCUUCACGCCCUCUACAUGCAAAGCGGAGAAUGGGGCAAUGCUUUCUACAUGGACUUCGGCAGCCAUCUUGUUUUAGCAUUCUCGGCCGUCUUCAGUCCUUUCUCAGUUGGAAAUCCCGCACCGAACAGACUCACGGAAACAAUAAACCCCAUCAUUAUGCAAAACAAGCACAAAGACGCUGGGACCGUCACUUCAGUGCCCGACAUCUGCUCGCAAAGUCCGCGCGCGCAUGUAACACCGAGUUACUCACCAGUUAGGAUAAAGAGAGUUGAAAGCUACGAAAACAUUAGUAAUAUAAAUAUCAUGGCAAACGAUUGUUCUGUGGCGCUAGCGGACAAAGAAAAACCUGGAGAGGAGAGUGUCUGUUAAGUCAUUCAAGUGCUUUAGUCUUUUUUUUUUCAACAAAUUUAUAGCUUUAAACAGCGGUUCCCAAUUUCUUUUGGCUAGGGAGCCCUAAAUGAUUGACUUUAUUUUAACGGAACCCCGAAAUUUACAAGAAAUUUCGUUAGCAAAUGUGAAAAAAAUAUUAUUUAACUAAAUACCAUUAUUUAUUUUGAAAAUAUUUGACAAAUUCAAAUUUUAUUAAUUAUUCUGAAAAUACUUAAUGAAUGAAAGCAGAGUAAAAUUUUUUCAUCGUUUAGUUUUAACAAUUAUAGUUUUAUAAUUGGAUUUUUUAUGUCAGGCAUUUGAAUUUACGGGCCUAAAGUGGCAUCUAGUCUAGUUCAUAAUUUGAUUUCAUGGUAUGCACAACCUGGAAAUGAUUGAGCCUAAAUUCGGUCCACAUUUAAAUAAAAAUAAAUAAACAUAAACGUUGAGAAAAGUUUGUGGCGUAACUACCACUACAAAUAUUAAAUACCAAAUCACUAGUAUAUAAGAAAUGUUAACUUCAUUUUACCUUGAAGUACCUCCUGAUAGAUGAAGGUUGACAUGACAUAGUCGAUUAUGAUCUCCCCUCAAUGGUGACUUGCAGACGUGAUAUGGACUUGCCAACAUUGAUGGAUGAUUCACAUUAAAUGGCUGAUUUGCUUGAAAAUAUACUUCUCAAAGAAAAAAAAAGCCAGUUAAGUAAAUUAAGUUUCCCGAAAUAUUGAAGAAAAAAAAAAUAAUGAGCGAAAUGAUAAAAAUACACAGCAUAAAUCAACUAGUGUUAUCCGUUCAUCGAAUUCUAUCAUAGAAAAAAUUCUGGAAGGGGAGUAAUGUGGUGUAACUACCACUAUAAAUAUUAAAUGCAAAAUCACUAGUAUAUAAAAGAUGUUGACUUGAUUCCAUCUUGAAGUACCUUUUGAUAUAUGAAGGUUGACAUAGUCGAUAUUAAAUCUCUUAGAGUUAUCAUAUCAAUGUUAAAUAACUUAUGAAAACUUAAUUGGUUGUAAAUAUUAUUGCAGGGUUUCGUAACUGAUACUGUUGUCCUAUCGGAAUCCAAGGGUUCCACGGAACAACAUUUGGGAAUCGCUACUUAAACUAUUAUAAAGCUCCUAAAAAGUUGGAGAAUGUGCAUGUAUUAAUAAACACAUACUUUAUUAGGACAUGUUCUACUCAACACAUGCCCGACUCGAAAUAUAUCUCGUGAAGAUGUGUACAUUUCUCUAUAUUGAAACCAAAUCAAAUAAAACUGUGUUUUAUCUCAAAGUGGUGCAAAUACUCAAAAUGAAAAGAAGAAAAAUUUUCUUGCAGAUUUAAACCUCAACGUUAGCAGAUUAUCUCCAACAAGAUGUCCUGCAUCAGUUUUUAAAAUACUAUUUGAAUUCAUUGAACCUCAAAUAGUAUCAGGAAUGACUGGACAAAAAGAAUAUGAAACAAAAAAUAAAACGGAGGGCACGAAUGCCAAUUUUGCAACAAGUAUAUAAAUUUAUCUUUGGAGCAAAACUAGGAAUAGACUGGAAGAAGUUUGGAAUAAAUUUCUGUUCAAAAAACUAACGAGCUAAAAAUAUUGAUAUCCGUGAUAUCGUUUUCACUCUACUACUACAAGGAUAUGAUAGAAUGUUUUGCAUGUGAUGUGAAAGAGCGAUUGUUGCCAUUGCGAUAAUAGAAAUAUGAUAUCGCAUUUUUUAAAAAUGGGAUUUAAAAAGAAGACAAACUAAAAAAAAGACUCAUUUGACUUCGGCAAUCGCAUUUUUGGUUGCCAACAAAAUGAUAUUGCUUUUUUUUUUUUGUACAAGGUGCUGAAGAAGGGGCGAACUAGAUGAUCUUAAUAUAAAUGAAACAAUAACUAAAUCAACGUGAAUGGAGUGAUUUUUCUUUUUUCCCCACGUGAAAUUGAAAGAAGCCAACUGUGAUCGAGAAUACUCAGUUACGAUAGAUUUAUCUACAUAAGUUAUAUCGGUGCUGGAAAGAAUAUUGUAGUGGUAAAAUAGUAUUAUAAUUCAGCAAAUAUAAACACAAUUAUAUUGGUAA